AUGUCCUCGACAUCAUUUACCAUUCGGACUCCUUGUUCGUCUGCAAACAUUGGCCCUGGAUUCGAUGUCAUCGGCCUGGCGCUGUCCCUCUUUCUUGAGCUACAGGUGACUGUGGACUCUUCCAAAUCUGCGUCGGAGCACCCACUCAACUGUCUCAUCACAUAUGACGACCAGAGCAAUAGCACCGAGAAGAUCAGUCUGGACCCGGAGGUCAACUUGAUCACCCGUGUAGCUUUGUACGUACUUAGGUGUCAUGAUCAGAGAGCAUUCCCCGUCGAGACGCGAGUUCACAUUGUAAACCCCAUCCCUCUUAGUCGGGGUCUUGGUUCGUCGGGAACUGCAGUCGUUGCAGGUGUCGUGCUAGGAAAUGAAGUAGGGAAACUUGGUCUGAGCAAGGACAGGCUCCUUGACUAUUGUUUGAUGAUUGAGCGUCACCCAGACAACGUCGCUGCAUCACUCUUUGGAGGCUUUGUCGGAACGUAUCUCAACGAACUCAAACCAGAAGAUGUUGCGCGCAAAGAAAUACCUCUUAGUGAGGUGCUCCCUUCCCCGGCCGGUGGCAUUGAUACUGGUCGACAGCCACCGGAGCCGCCUCUUGGAAUUGGUCAUUAUAGGAAGUUCCAAUGGGCCAAGGAAAUCAAGGCCAUUGCCAUCAUCCCGGACUUUGUGGUGCCAACUGCCAAUGCACGAAACGUCCUCCCUACAAGCUAUUCACGAGCCGAUGUGGUUUUUAACCUGCAACGCGCAGCUCUUCUUCCGGCAGCUUUGGGUUCCUCGCCUCCUGAUCCCGAUAUGAUCUAUCUGGCUAUGCAGGACAAAGUCCACCAACCUUACCGCCAGAACCUUAUCCCAGGCCUUUCAGAGAUCCUUCGCUCAAUGACCCCAAGCACACAACCUGGUCUGCUUGGAAUUUGCUUAUCAGGCGCCGGUCCGACAAUCCUUGCCUUAGCUACUGAUAGGUUCUCCGAAAUUGCCGAUCUCAUCAUCGCCCGCUUUGCGUCCCAGGGGAUCACUUGCCAGUGGAAGCUUCUCGAGCCCGCGCAGGAUGGUACAACGGUGCACUACUGA